AUGGACUUUUGCGUUGGCGUUGACGUUUCUCUCUCUCUCACUUUUGUUGAUGAUAUUCGGCGGUUGCGUUUUUGUUUCGAUAAGAUAAAUCGACAACAACGCAAAAAAUUUUUCUUCUUCUGGGGUAUCGUUUUUAUUAUUACCACCACUUUGGUAUUGAUCUUCAAGAAAGAAGUGGAUCAUUCAGCUUGUCAAAGAUCUGGGAGCACUAGUAGUGACGAUGAUGAAUUGGAACUUGGGGUUUUUGAUACGUAUAUAUUGCUGUGGGAUAUAGUCCGAUUAAAGCCGAUGUUAUGGAUGAUUGUUAUUCUUUUAACCGGAAAGGUUGCAUUUGGUGCUACUGAUGGCAUGACUGGUUUAAAAUUAAUUGCGAUGGGUAUGCCUAAAGAUAAAUUAUCAAGUAUGGCUGUUUUUUUAACUCCAGUGCAGGUUCUUUUGCCUUGGUUUAUUGGCAAAUGGACUGCUGGUUCUGGUCCAUUGAAUGUAUUUUUGCUUGCAUAUCCAUAUAGAAUAUUUAUGGGUGGUAUCUUUGCUGCUCUUGUUUGGUGGACACCAUCAUUCAGAACUGAAAGGGAUUUUUCAUUUAUCUUAUAUGUCUUAUGGAUUGUGGCUUAUUGUUUCCAUCAGGUAGCUUCAUAUUCGAUGUUUGUGUCAAUGAUGGCAUUCAAUGCCCAGGUAUCAGAUCCGAAAAUUGGUGGGACUUAUAUGACAUUGCUGAAUACAUUAAAUAACUUAGGCGGCAAUUGGCCGGUGACGUUGGUACUCUCCCUGGCGGAUUAUCUCUCUUACUACAUUUGCUUCACUAAAGGCUCGAAAAGUUCUUUAUAUUCAUGUAACGCAAAAGUUUUAUCAGACCAAUGCAAGAGCAGUGGAAAUGUUUGUGAAGUUGUUAUUGACGGAUAUUAUGUUGCGGUCGCGCUUUGCUCUGUGAUAGGGAUAAUCUGGUUUAAAGCUUUCUUCAAUAAAAUCAAAUGUUUGCAAAAAAUUCCGCGAACGGAUUGGCGAGUUUUCUCCAAAUAA